CCUUCAUAGGUAAACCAAAUGCACAUGCACAACUUGUGCUUCACUGAGUCCUAUGGAACCAAUCUCAUUAUUGUUUGUUUGUCCAUUGCUAUGGACUUAACCCUUUUAUGAAGGCACCGGAUUCUGGAUAUCCAAGUAGGUCGCGCGUGCACAUCACAUCGUGAAGGCACAUCCCCUGAAAGAUGACAGCAAUGGCCUAAAGUUGGAAGAAGAGACAACGUGGAUAGCUCCAUUUCUAGGAGCCCACAAUACUACUCUUAGUCAUGCUAAUCCUCCUUCCAGCUAAAGUGAUGAGUUAUCCUCCAAAGUGACAGGGAGGAGAUAAGAUUUGCUUGUAUUGCAACAGGAAGGGAGAUGAGGGAAUAGGAAAACAAGAAGAGAGUGGCAGAGAUGUGGUUGGAGGAUAGGAACUACCUCAGAGAGGCAAGCCAGAUGCAGGGACGAAGUGACUGAUCAAAUGGGAGACGGCUCUACACCAUUAAUUAUUGCGAGAUUAAAGAAAAGCUUCUACAGCAUCAGGCAGGUCAAAUCAAUUAACCAGGCUGGGCAGGCAGGUCAAAUCAAGCUACUAGAGCAUGCAAACCUGAGUGCAAAGAUGAAACUGAGGCAUCAGCAAGCGUGCGCAGGGGAGGCUUCAUUCAAGUGGCUAAUGCUUAUCCUCUCCUAUAAGAUUAUGUCCGUUCUUGGCAUAUAAAGACAAGGUUUUUCCCAACUUUAGAUCUUGGAAGUUUAAUCCAAAUACGCCAAUUUUGCACGUGUAAUAGGUCACCGCCCCAUUAACCACGAGGAAGUGAGGUACAAAGGAAAAGAGUAAAGCAAUUAAUCGUGUUCGAGAAUAUGAAAUAUUGAGGGACGUGGUAUUUCUGUUGAUUGUUAAUUGACUCCGAGUUGAGAAGACUUGUUACCACAAUAGUGUCAUUGUCGAGUUAGGGAGAGAUUCUCUAGCGAUGAUCUUUCGACGUUCAAAUCAGUCAUCGGUGAGGUGGAAGCGGAAAAAGAAGCGAAUCGAAAGAAGCAGAGUAACAGUAAUCUUUUCAUACCUCCGUUGAAAUUUGGUGCUCUUUAUAUAGGGCUAUCGGGAGCGCGUGCGUACGUUUUUCGAGAUAUGUAUAUUUUUCGAGAUGUGCACAUUUUUCAAAACAUUCCUUGAAAAAAUAUAUCAUGAAAGUGUCUCCGACACUAUCUUAAUAAUCCGAACAUAUCUUUGAUAACAGUAGUUACAGUAAUCUUUUCAUACCUCCGUUGAAAUUUGAAGCUCCUUAUAUAGGGCUAUCGGGAGCGCACGUGCAUGUUUUUUGAGAUAUGCAUAUUUUUCGAGAUGUGCACGGCUUUCAAAGCAUUCCUUGAAAAAAUAUAUCAGGAAAAUGUCUCCGACACUAUCUUAAUGAUCCGAACAUAUCUUUGACAUGACAGUGAAAAUUUCCAUCGUACGAUCCUCUGUCCAAGCAUGUCGUCAACCAUGUUGUCUGUCGAUGACACGAGUUCUCACAAAGAUAUAGGCUGAUUCUCCUUUUGUAUGUUAGUGGAUCUAGCGGGAUGACCGCUCGGCUAGCCCUCAGCCGUCCGGAUGUCUUACCCUUGGGCCGAAUGGAGUGGUCGCUCGGCCAGCAUCUCACUGUGCGAACUCCGCUGUUGUGCUGAGAUAUAUCUGAGUGACUGUUCGGUUGUGCUCCCGUUUCGCCGAUUCUGAGAUUCGACUUAAAUCCGAGCGAGCUAGCUGCUCGGCGUGUGCCUCGCCAGCACAUGGUUGUCUGAGCGGCGGAAGUUCGAUACUCGAUCGAGCUAUGGUGACAUUGGGUUGAUAUUGACUUGGCUAUCCUUCAUCCCGGUCGAGUGAGUGAGUUGCCCAAUUGACCCGUGAUACAAGGACGUUGACCGUCCAAACUUUGACUUCCAACCCUGAGGGAUGAACUCUUAUCACCGGAUCAGCAAUAAUUAUAGCGAAGACUUUCAAUGCAUUGCCAUUAAAGAGUAAUUAGUCCCUGUUUGUUUAUAUACAGAGGAGAGAUGUUAGCCCACGGCUUGCAGCAAAAGGGGAGAAAGACGAUGGCUCACGAUUUGCAUUGAAAAGAAGAAGAACGUUGGAAAGGAGUCUAAGACUGUCCUUAAGUGCCAACAAAUUGUAAUGUUUCCGAGCGAUCGAGCAUGGCAUUCUUUCUGAUCUUGGCGUCGACAAAUGAGAUAAAAUAUAUAAAAUCACGUGAAUGACUGGCUCAUCCACUCGACUUGAUGAUAACAAACUAAGCAAUCCAGUUCCAUUGGAUGUGAUUGAUUGACAAAUGCAUCUUGAUGUCGUUCCAGCCUUCCUAGAAGGGUCUUGGUGUUCAACUACCACCUAUAAAUAAGCCUGGCGAGUUCGACACAGUAGCAUUUAGCAAACUACAGAAGAAGAUGAGUGAAGCGAGCAUGACCACUGUGGAAGAACAAGUGCUCUUCUCCUCCUCAGUCGGUUACCAGUUGCCUCUUCGAGCGACAGUAAGCGAGAGGACCCGGUUUCGCCGGAGGAGGAGGAAGGCGAACGAAGGUGACGGUGACGGCAGCGGAAAUAAGAGGAGGCUGAGCGAGGAACAGGUGGAGUUCUUGGAGAGGAGUUUCGCGGAGGAGAGGAGAUUAGAGACGGGGAGGAAGGACCGGCUGGCUGCCAAGCUCGGGCUGGACUCCAAGCAGGUGGCGGUGUGGUUCCAGAACCGGCGGGCGCGGCACAAGAGCAAGCAGAUGGUGGAGGACUACGCCAAAUUGAAGGCCGCCCACGACGCCGCCGUCGUCGAGAAAUACCACCUGGAAAACGAGGUGCUGAAACUGAAACAGAGGCUUGCGGAAGCAGAGGAGCAGAUAAGGAAGCACUCCCCGGGCGUGAAUGCAGCUCCCGACGACGCAGGCGUCGGUGAUGGCAGCCCGAGCUCAUGUUUCUCGAGCGUCCUCCCAUUUGCUGGGGAGUUCGGGGUGGGAGGAGGAGCCGAGCUCACGUACAUGCAUGACUUCGACUUCAACAGCUACAUGACCGUAAUGGAGUGGGCAGUUUGCAAUGAUCACUCGAUGGAAUUGUAAU